CGUUUUUGAUUUUCGCAGUUUGCUUCUGCGACGAUGAAUAUUAUAACUCAGAACAGUGCAACUUUUAUUUAAAUUUAAUUUGAAAGUUUUGCUCUUUUUCUUUAAAUGAUUUAUAGAUGUCUCUAUGAUAAAUGUAUACAGUACUACUGUGCUCGUGUUGACAUUUAACAAACUACGAAAGUACGACUCGAACGUUUCCGCUGACAAGUGAGCUUUCAGUUCUUUGACUUCUUUCGGACCAGCUUAGAAGUCGCAUGUUGAUGCUUGCAGUACCAACAGUGCCUUUUGUUAUUUCUAAUAUUUCAUAAUCAUCGCUUUAUCAAGAAUUUUGAUUAUAUUUUUUCAUUAUGCUGAGUUUAUCGACGCCUCAAUGGCAUAGUCUUUCGUAUGUGGAAUGUGGACGAUCUGCGUGCUGGUGAAGUCCCCUUUUCUAAACAUUGUGAACUGCUGUUGGAUUUGCAUAAAGUGAUUUACUAGUGAACGACUAGUCACUGGUGACUAGUCUGACGUGUCUGAAAUUAUUGGUUCUCAAUCUCACGGUGGGGAUUCCUUAAGAGAAAGACAACGGUUGGAUACAUCAGCAGCUGUUAGAAAUCCUUUACUUUUAUUGCGACCACCCUGUCAGAAUGUCUUUGUUUUCCAAUUUUUGGAGUAAGAAGCCCGAAGAAGCUCAGGUUUCCCCGCACCAAGCUCAGCGUCAGAAGCAGAUCGACGCGCUGCGACAGCAACAUCGCAACAUUUUAGAGGUUACACGUGAUUCCUCGUACCGAGUUCCUUUCAGUGUUGGCACACAAACCUUCUUCAUUGAUAUAAACUUGACUGUGAUGUUUCCGCGUGAGCCGCCGAUGUUGCGUCUCAAUCCACGAGGAACGCAUCCCUGGGUGGAUCCCAGUGGAAUCAUCAAGUGGCCCAAGCUGACUUCGUUCAACAUGCAUUCUGACCUGGGACGAUUGAUUGAGGAACUGGUUGAAGAAUUCCAAAGGAAUCCUCCCUCAAUGCCUAGGGACAUACCUCCUUCCGAGAGCAUGCCCAGCUUGUAUCCAAAUGCCAGUAUGAAUUCAUUUCCGUCUUUCGUCCUACCACCCGUGCCGCGCCGCUCAGAUUCCCCAAGCGUAUUUCCCACAAACAAUAUGCAUUCGACAUUCCGCCAUCAGGAAUCGAUGUUUAAUUCCGUUGGGGAUAAUUUUCCUGAAUUGAAAAAUAUGAGCAAUGCGGAACUGCAGGCCAUACUCGAUACCAGGGACGAACAAAUUCUGUUGAAUAAAAUCGCUAAAACCCCAGUGAUUGCAUCCCUGCGUGAUGAGUUUGAUCGGCUGUCAGAAUCAAAUCGUAGGCUGGCGGAAGAGAAUUUAACGCGCAAAACUGAUAUGGAAAAGAUAAAGUCAGAUCUGUUUGAAAAGUAUUCACUUGGUGGUGAAAUGCGGCAACAAUUCGACGAUUUGCAACGGAAACAGGAAGGCGUUAUGCGACAGUACGAGCCUUCUAUGAUCCAAGACCAGCUCCGAAUAGCUGCUGCCAGUGCCGAAAAUGAAUCAGAGGAAACUGCAGAGGAUUUUUUAGCUGGCAAGUUGGAUUUGGAUUCGUUUUUACCAAAAUUUCUCGAAAAACGAAAGAUAAUGCAUUCCCGCAGAGCUUUGGAAGACGCUUUGAGUCGCCAGUCACAAAUCGGUGCAUUUUUUUAGUUUUCACUGGAACAAUAAAAUAUCUUUGUUUGUAUUAUCGCCUGAAAAAACUGCGUGCAUCACGUUUGUAGCUGUUCUUUUUUGAUUGUUUUUAUUGAUUUGACGGCACCAAAGAGCGUUAGCUUUAUUACUCUUGAAAGAGCGUUUACUAGAAAACAUUAAAAAACUGAUGCGUUAA